AUGAGGAGAACUCUGUUGCUAAUAUUCCUUGUUCAGCUAGUGCGGUACAUUACGGCCGAACAAUCCUAUGUGGUCAGCAAUGAGAAAUUGGAACCAUUCGAGGGUGAUAGUGAGACAUUGGUGCUAUUCGAUACAUUAAAAACAAUUGGACGUGAACGCGCCUUAAAUGGAUCAUUUAAAUUCCUUGGCGAAAUGAAUAAUGACGAUUUUAAAGUGUCGGUCGAAUUGUAUUCAAGUCCAAAUGGUGAUGGCGAUUUUAAGCGUAUGGUUAUGGAUGUCCCACAGACAUCGAUAUGUGAGUGCUUUAAAAAAUUCUACGUUCAGUUUGUGCAGCCAUCAUUGAAACAGGGUGAGACUACAAAUUUUCCCAUUGUCGAUGAAGAUACUUGCCCCAUUCCGGAGGGUGAAUAUUAUAUCAAGAAUGUACUCUUCAAUACCGAGGAUUGGCCGCAACAGGUGCCACGUGGCAUUGUCAAGGCCAUCAUCACAUUCUGGAGUGGUGGCAAAAAUGUUGGUGGUUUGAUUGUUGUGGUCAAGAUUGAGGAUCGACAAAGUUAGAUUUUAAAUUGGACUUGUGAAAGUUAUUCUUAUUAUUGUAUUAUUCGUAUGUUAAUCUGUUUGUUAGCAAAUAAAAAUGUCUUUGAAA